GUUUUUCUCUGAAGUACUGCUUUCUGGUUAUUCAAGUAGAAAAUCACCUAGUUAAUGCUUUUCUUUUGAUGAAGGAAGUUGAAAAAAAAUGGAAAUAGGAAACAAUGAAACGAAUAUUACAAAUUCUUCGAUUACAGAAACAUACUUUGUUUCUGCUUAUAAUUUGAAUCAAGAAGAUAGUAAUUGGAUUAUAACAAAUUCAUUCAUAAUUUUUACCAUGCAAACGGGUUUCGGUAUGUUAGAAUCUGGAUGUGUUUCUUUAAAAAAUGAAGUUAACAUUAUGAUGAAGAAUGUUGUCGAUAUAGUACUUGGCGGUUUAACUUAUUGGGCUUUUGGUUUUGCAAUGAGUUUUGGAACAGAUAAAUUAAAUAAUCCUUUUAUCGGUAUGGGCGAAUUUUUAAUAGAUCCUUCUUUAGAAGAUGAAUUUAUGGGUCCGAAAUGUGCGGCAUUUUUAUUCCAAUUAAGCUUUGCAACCACUUCAACAACUAUCGUUAGCGGUGCUAUGGCUGAACGAUGUAAUUUUAAAGCAUAUUGUUUAUUUUCUUUCUUAAAUACAAUUGUAUAUUGUGUACCAGCUGGAUGGAUAUGGGGUGAUCAGGGUUUUUUAAAAAAAUUGGGUGCCGUUGAUAUUGCUGGUUCAGGGGCAGUGCAUCUUGUUGGUGGUAGUUCUGCACUUGCAUGUGCCAUAAUGUUGGGACCGAGAUUAGGCAGAUAUGAUAAUGGAAUUGAUCCAUUGCCUCUUGGAUGUCCAGUUAAUGCUAUUAUGGGCUUAUUUGUACUUUGGUGGGGUUGGUUAGCUUUCAACAGUGGUAGCACAUAUGGUGUCAGUGGACAACGAUGGCAAUAUGCUGCUAGAGCAGCAAUUUCUACGAUGUUAGCAAGUAUGGGUGGUGGUUUAGUUGGUUUAGGUUUUAGCCUAAAUGGUCCAGAUAGAAUUGAUAUUUUAAGUCAAAUAAAUGGCAUUCUUGGUUCAUUAGUUGCAAUCACAGGUGGUUGUUUCCUUUUUAGAGCAUGGGAAUCUAUAAUUGUUGGAAUGAUUGGUGCCUUUAUUACAUGUUUUACUAUGCCCCUAUUAGAUAAAAUGCACAUUGAUGAUCCUGUUGGAGCUAGUGCUACACAUGGUUUUAAUUUUUUUUUCUUAAUUUUAUUAAUAAAUAUUUUGAACAUUUCUUAUUUUAUUAAUCACUCUUCUUUUGAUAUAGGUGCAAGUGGAAUUUGGGGUAUUAUUGCUAUUGGCUUAUUUGCAGACAAUCCAUAUCCCCUUAAUACUACCAACGGAAGAAAAGGAUUAUUAAAAGGAGGAGGAGGAUAUUUGUUAGGUAUACAAUGUUUAACAGUUGUAUGCUUAGCAUUUUGGAGUUUUAUCGUAUCUACUAUUUUGUUAUGGUUCAUAAAUAAAAUUAUACCAAUUAGAAUGAGUAUUCAUGAUGAGCUUUUAGGUGCAGAUUUAGUAGAGCAUCGAAUACGACAUUCACAGAUUGGAAUAAGUAGAGCCAUGUCUGCUCUUCGAAUUUUAGAAAAACAUGAAUUAACAAAUGUUCAUCCUAUGGGAAUUAAUCCAGGUCAUGAUACAUAUAUUAAAAAAUAUAAUCGUAAAAAUCGUUUUAAUUAUGGAAAACAAUUUUUUCUUGAAAAAAAAUUAUCAAAGAAUUCUCAAUUGAAUACAAUUACCGAUACUAUACUGACGGAUAAAAACAAGCCAAAUUUCGCUUGGAUAGAUUAGAAUAUUCUUCAAGAUUGUAGUAAUUGUAAAUUUAUUAGAAAUGUAUAAAUAUAUUCAUACACGCUUUUU